CGUCGACGGAGCAGAGAAAAAUUGUUCUCGUCCUGACAAUGCAAACAAACUGAAGAGAACAAUUGUCUUCGGCCUGACAAUGCAAACAAACAAGCUCACACGACAUCGCAAGACGUGUGUCUUCGGCCUGAUAAUCCAAAUGAACUGAAAAAAACAAUUAUCUUCGGCUUGAUAAUGCAAACAAACGGAAGAGAACAAUUGUCGUCGGUUGUCGUGUUCAACACGACGGUCGUCGCUCGCCGUCGCCUGCAGACACGUUAUGCCUUCGGCGUGAAUGCCCUUCCUCUAGGGUCGAACACGAUAGUCGAGUCCGACACGAUCGUCUCACUCGACACGAUCGUCGUGUUCAACACGAAUGCCGUGCUAGACAGGAUUGUCGUGUUGGACACGACGAUCGUGUUCGACACGACGUUCUUGUCCGAUUCGUCGAUCGUGCUGGACUCGACGAUUGUGUUGGACUUGACGAUUGUGUUCUACUUGACGAUCGUGUCAGACUCGACGAUCGUGUUCGACACGACGAUUGUCUUCAACUCGACGACUAUGUUCUACCUGACGAUUGUGUCGGACUCGACGAUCGUGUUCGAUACGACGAUCGUCUUCGACUCGACGAUCGUAUUCUACCUAACGAUCGUGUCGGACUCGACGAUCGUGUCGAACUCGACGAUCGUGUUGGACUCGAUGAUCGUGUUCUACAAGACGAUCGUGACGGACUCGACGAUUGUGUUGGACGACGAUCGUGUCGGACUCGACGAUCGUGUUGGACUCGACGGUCAUGUUCGACACGGCGAUCGUGACGGAUUCGACGAUCGUGCUAGACUCGACGAUCGUGUUCUACUCGACGACUGUGUUCUCGACCUGACGAUUGUGUCGGACUCGACGAUCGUGUCGGACACGACGAUCGUGUUGGACUCGACGAUCGUGUUCUACCUGACGAUCGUGUCGGACUCGACGAUCGUGUUGGACGUGUUCGACACGACGAUCGUGUCGGACUUGAUGAUCGUGUCGGACUCGACGAUCAUAUCGGACUCGACGAUCGUGUCGGACUCGACGAUCGUGUCAGACGUGUUCGACACGACGAUGGUGACGGACUCGACGUUCGUGUUGGGCUCGACGAUCGUGUUCGACUGGACGAUCGUGUUCGACUCAACGAUCGUGUUCAACUCGACGACAGGGCACUGUCGAGGUGUUUCGUCGUGAAAAUUUUGCUGCGUCAACGUUCUCGUCGUGUUCGAUUCGACCAUGUCCCUCCGUCAUCGUGUUCGACACGAC